GCAGACAGUUGGAAUGGAAUUUCCUCAGGCUUUCGGCUCUCUUUCUUUUCACAUAUUUCCCUUGCUUUUGGCUGUCGCCUAGUGCGACUACCAUAGAGGACCUCAAACAUCCGGCCUGGUGUCGUUUUCUGUUUAUCCAGCCAACAUUCAGGUUUCGACUCUUGUCCAUUUCUUCAAAACAACCAUUCGUCGAUCUUCAAUAUAUCUCCUUUGUUCUGAUUGAUAUUCUCGGAGACUAAAAGAGAAUAUAAAAUGUUUUACAAGGCUUUCUUGACCGCUUCCUUACCUCUUAUCCUAUCUGUGCAGGGCGCACCUGCUCCAUCAGCAGCCUCUUUCCUAGCCCGCAGGAUUACCAGCAAUGUACCUAGGAGCAGCAGCAGCAGUACGAAUAAUACAAGUGGUUUACAAUCUUCUCUGACCCUGGAUCCUUCCGUGAUUGCAACAGGGUUUGAAAAUAACGGACAAAACCAGCCUGCGGCUGGUCAAGUGGCUUCCCUGACAUCAUCGAAUAAUUUUAUCAACUUCUGUGCUACGGCCUCCAAUGUUCCAUUGACGAAUGGCCAGCAAAUUCAAGGUGGUUCAUGUAAUCCUGCACCGAUGGGACUUAUCCCGUCCGUCGCUAAUAUGCCGUCUUCAAAGUUUGUGUCGCCUACGAAUUUCGGCACUGUCACGGCCAACACAGAUUUCACCAUUCAGAUGGCCGUCAACAAUCUCGACACUGGCUUCUUCACCAACGCAGACGAGGAUUACUUUUCAGCACCUCAGCAGCUCAACUCUCAAGGUCUUAUCCAAGGCCACACGCACUUCGUGAUUGAAAACCUCUCCUCGCUUACACAGGUUACGCCCAAUGAUCCUACUCAGUUUGCAUUCUUCAAGGGUGUCAAUACCGCGGCGCAGAAUGGGAUAGUCAACGUAACUGUAACUGGUGGCCUUCCCGCUGGUUCAUAUAAACUAUCUUCCAUUAACUCAGCGAUGAACCAUCAGCCAGUGUUAGUAGCUGUUGCUCAGCAUGGAUCCCUUGAUGAUGCAAUUUACUUCAGUGCAACGGAGAGUGGUGCCACUGGUGGGACGUCAACGUCAGCCAGUUCUUCCAUUGCUGUCACCUCUACAGUUGCUUCGACAUCAGUAACGACCGCGUCCUCUUCCGCCCCGUCGGCCACCGCUACGUCCUCGAGCAAUGGAGCCAACUUUGGUUCUUGUAGUACGCCACAGAUUGAGUUUGGAGCUGGUUUCAACGGCAGGACAGAGACCUCUUUUCAAGCUGUUGACCAGAAUUCAUACAAUCACGGAUCUGCAGAUAAUAUCGAUGUCAUCUCAGGUUUCAUUUGCCAAAGAUUGAUAUCCCCUUGCAAUGCGAAUGCUGCUGGCCAGGCUCUAUGUACGCAGGCAUCGGCUGCAGCAGAUGCUGCCUCAGCUCAGACGGGACAGCAGGCAGAUGCCUUCAACGCUGUAUUUGGUAUCACGACGGACUUUGCAAGUGUUACUCCAAUAGCUGCCUAAGGUAUGGCUACUUCAGUGUGGAGCCAACCCCCUGGCCACAUGAUGAGCACACAUUGUCAUCGUCUAUUUUUUCUCUCUCUCAGAGGUUUUGGCGUCCUGGUUGACGAUAAUUGGACAUUGUUGUUUUGAAUACAUUUUGAGUAUUUUUUUUUGGAUGUUUUUGGUCAUUCGUAUGGUGGUUCUUGUAUUAGGUUUCUCAAAUGUCAAGCAAUAGAGCAGCUUUUAGCAAGGC